UGAUUCCGCCAUCUUAAACGAAACUCGUGCGAAAGAUGCGAAAUUAGUAUACAAUAAUAAUGCAAAACAUGUUGUAACUGCCACGCGAUCAUAUAAUUUACACAAUGUCGUUGUCGAGGAGAGAGACAGAAGACUUUAGAUAUAUGUUAGAUAAAUCCGUAAAGAAAUUUAUUGGAUUUAGUGAACCGACUUUGGCUUCAGCUGCCUUUGAUUGCAUUGAUCGGGGCUACGAUAGAAAGAAAACUGUUGAUAAAUUGACGGCAAUAUUGGACACUAGUCAAGCUGUACGAUUGACAGAUAUUGUCUAUGGUUUGUGGGAUGAAUUCAGAUUAGGAAACCGAAGUCGAACUAAAUCCAAAAGAAAAGAAGAUGACAGAGAAGAGCGUGACGACUCCAAACGUCGCAGACGAUUUCAGGAUGAGGAUGCUCCUGUUGUGCAAGUAUCAACACCUGGGAAUCCAAGUCCGGGACAGCUUACUGCGGAUAAAAUUAAAGAAAUGAUGGCAAAUGCUCAAAAAUUAAUUCAGGAGCGAAAAACACAAAUACAAGCUACACUUCCUACCAAAUCAUUGGCCACAGUUCAACCAGAUAACACAAAGGUGUUUAUGAAUGAUUCAAUGACUAAAGCCAAGAGAGCAGCAGAUCUACAGGCUAAGAUUCAGGCUCGGCUAACAGGAAUGCCAGGUUUCAAUCCAGCUAAGCAAAUGUCUCAGAACAUGUCACAAGAUUCUAAGCCAACAUUAAUUUUAAAUGAUGAAGGUCAAACUAUUGAUGCAAUGACAGGUCAGGCUAUACAGUUGUCACUGCAUACACCGACACUGAAGGCCAACAUUCAAGCCAAACGGCGUGAACAGUUUAAAGGUUUGAUAGAUAAACCACCAGAAGAAAUCAGUGACAGUAAAUUUUUUGAUCCUCGAGUUGCUGGUAAAGGUGCAAUCAGACAGAAGAGAGCAUUCAAAUUUAAUGAAAAAGGCAAAUUCGAACAGUUAGCCAAUAGAUUGCGUACUAAGGCACAACUGGAUAGGCUACAAACUGAGAUCGCACAAGCCGCCAAGAAAACUGGCAUUGCAUCUGCUGCUAAAUUGGCCACAAUUGCACCAAAGAAAGAUAUGCAGGAAGGCGAAGUACCAGAUAUAGAAUGGUGGGAUUCUUUUAUAAUAAAUACCGAUUCUUAUGAUUCAGUUGAUACAAAUGAACACUUAGAAGGCGAGAUUUUACAAGGAGUUACCAAUUUAGUUGAACAUCCAAUUCAGAUGAAACCUCCAGCAGAGCCAACCAAAGAAAUUAGUAUUCCAGUCUACCUCACCAAAAAAGAGAGAGAAAAAUUAAGAAGACAGAAUAGGACUGAAGGUCAGAAGGAAAUAACAGAGAAAAUAAGAUUAGGGUUAAUGCCACCACCAGAACCCAAGGUUAGAAUGGCUAAUUUAAUGAGAGUACUUGGACAAGAGGCUGUUCAGGAUCCUACAAAAAUUGAAGCCCAUGUGCGUGCCCAGAUGGCAAAGCGAGAAAAAGCCCAUGAAGAAGCAAAUGCUGCAAGAAAAUUAACAGCCGAACAACGACGUGAGAAAAAAAUGAAGAAAAUUAAAGAAGAUACAUCUUUAGGUGUUCAUGUUGCGGUGUAUCGGGUGAGAGAUUUAAAAAAUCCAGCAAUCAAAUUUAAAGUGGAAACCAAUGCGAAUCAGUUGUUUAUGACUGGAAUUGUCAUUUUAUAUAGAGACUGUAAUGCUAUAGUUAUAGAAGGCGGACCUAAGCAACAGAGAAAGUUUAAACGUUUAAUGUUACAUCGAAUCAAAUGGCAGGAUGAUAAAAAACGUUCUAAAGAUAAUGAUGACAAUGAUCAAGAGGAUGAGGAAGAUAAAGUCAACAAGUGUGUCUUAGUUUGGGAAGGUACUACAAAAUCUAGAAAUUUCAGUGAGAUUAAGUUUAAGGCAUGUCCUACCGAAACAUUUGCUCGAGAACAAUUUAAAAAGUUAGGUGUUGAACAUUACUGGGACUUGGCCUAUAGUGGUGCUGUGUUAGAAUCCACUGGUGAAGACAGUUGUAUAUGAUUUAAACUGUAAAAGAUGUAUACAUAUUUGUUUUAUUAAUGGAUGUAAAAAUAUUCAAAUUAUUUGAGGUUAAAAUAGGAGGAUAUUAGAUGAAGAAUUUUUGUAUUAAUAAAACUAUUAAUACCUAGUUCACACAGGUUGAUUUUACUUGCCUUGGAUGGGUGUGUCCCAGACUAAAAAGAUCUAAAUUAUCACUGAAAACGAAGGAUUGUGGUCCUCAAUAACUUAAAAACUAGUUAGAUUUGCCUAUAUACAAUGUACAUACAUGUAUCUACAUAUCCUAAAAACUGUCUGGUGUUACUGUUUUUGUGUUUCACCUAGCACCUCAAACAUUUUCCGGUAAGAUAAUAUGUUCAAGAAAUUAUUUGUUAUCAAUAACCGUUAAUAAUUUAAAUGACUGUUAAUUUUAAAGCGAGAAUUUCAAAUUUUCUAAGAAAGUCAAAACAUAAUUAUUUCUACAUGUGUAUGUCUUUUGCUCAAUAGGUUAUCAAAUCACUAUUAUACGAUCAUGGGCAUUAUUUCCCACCCUUAAAAAUCUAUGACACAGGAAAUAACAACACAAUUACAUCCCCUGUUUUGCUAUUGACAACAUGGGGCAGCCAUUUUCCAACGUUGGAAUUUGAAUUUAAAAAUGAUAUUUUUGCCAAUUUCUCAGCUGGCAAUAGCGAAUUAUAGGAUUAAUAGGAUUAUUCUUUAACAAUGUAGGACUGUUUAUGGAUACCAUCUAUUUUAAGGCUUUAUUUUAAUACAUUUUAAAAAUAUAACUUGAAAAUUUGAAAUUGCAACUUUAACAAUUCAUUAUGUGAAUUAGUGAAAUAAAAUUUCCACAUUAUGCAUGGGAAGAUUAAAAUGAACUUAUAUUGUCAAAUAAAUAAAUGGGUUGCGAUUGACCCAUCUGAUGACCUAUACAGUAUGUACUUUCUGCUUUCAAUUCUAGUUUUCUUUGUCUAUUGAUCAUAAGGGUGUACCAGAAAUUUGGAAAUAAAGAAUAAUUUCUUACAAAGUA